UACACUAAACUUUGGAGUGUAACUGUAGCAUUUGCUCAGACCAAGAAUGGCAGCAGGCACCGAGGCCAAUCAGCUCUGAUCCCCCGUCCCCGCCUGCAGUCUGCCGUCCAAAUGCUGGGCCGCCUCCAUCUCCGCCUCCGACCCCUCGGCCGCCUCUCCUCCCUCCAACCCCCCUUCCCUCCUCCGCUGCUCCUCCCCACCACCGCCGCCGCCGCCCACACCACUCCCACAUCCCCUGCAAACCGCCCCACUCUUUCACCAGCUUAUAAACAACCAUCUCCGACUACCCUUCUCCUCCUCCACCAGUCCAAGAAUCGAAGAGCAGGAAAAGGAGGAGAAGGAAGCUUCUGCACAAAUCGAGCUGCUGUGGACGCCGCGGCGGACGUCUCCGCUCCCUUCUACUCCGCCCACAUUCGUUGCCGCAAACGAGAUGCCGAGGCUCUAUCAGAAGCUCUUAUGUGCUUUGGUGCAAAUUGUAUUAGCAUGGAUGAAUUAAGUGAUCAUGGAGAUCAUGAUGAAAUCUGCCUAACUUCAAUUUUUCCGGAUGGACAAGAUGUGAGCGCAUGUAUCUCGAAUGCUGCAAGUUCCGUUGGUUUGGAUUAUGUACCGAAUUAUGAAGUCUCAAUGGGUAAGCAGUGUGAUUGGGUGACAAAUGCACAGGAAUCUUUUCAUCCAAUUGAGGUUAUCAAUGGUCUCUGGAUUGUCCCCAAGUGGAGGGAUCCCCCUGACCCACAGGCAACAAAUAUUCUUCUGAAUCCAGGGUUGGCUUUUGGGACUGGGGAGCAUCCUACUACCAAGUUGUGUUUGUUGCUGCUACAUGAAGCCAUAAAAGGUGGAGAGCACUUUUUUGACUAUGGUACAGGCUCCGGAGUAUUAGGAAUUGCAGCACUGAAGAUGGGGGCUGCAAUGUCUGCAGGGAUAGAUAUAGAGCCCCAGGCUGUGACUUCUGCACGAGAAAAUAUUUCCCUAAAUGGAAUUGAAUCUAGCAAAAUGUCAGUUUACUUGGUUCCGAGCAAAGUCAACUCACCAAAUAUUGAUUCUGCAAAGGGGAAAUUCGACAUUGUCAUAGCCAAUAUACUUAUGAAUCCUCUAAUGGAACUGGCUGAAGAUAUUGUUUCUUAUGGAAAGCCAGAAGCCGUUGUUGGUGUCUCGGGAAUUUUGUGUGAGCAGGUUCUGCAGAUUAAAGAAGUUUACUCACAGUACUUGGAUAAUAUAUGGGUCUCCGAAAUGGAAGGUUGGGCAUGUCUCCGUGGGACGAAAAAGAGAAUCUGACACCGUGUUUGUUCAAAGCAGAUUCACCUCACAAUCAUAAUUACAGCCGAAUUGAAGAAUUCAAUCUAACCUUCUCGCAGAACUUGGUUCUGUUUUUGUUGUAUUAUGAUUCUAGUGUCGACUAGUAGUAUCUGUACAGAGGUGUAGCUGCAAUAACUAAUUUUGUUUCAAAAUGAGGACAAUUAGAUUCUAAAUGCAUUCUGUUAAGGGUUCAGUACAGUUUCACUUAGAAUCCCCAAAAUUUUACGGAAAGAGAAAAGAGCGAGAAAAACCAUACCUGCGGGGCUGGUUUACUUUUUAGAUUUCAAACGUGAAAUCUAAUUGACAUCAGCUUUGAAAAUCUGAACCAUUCACUAGCAACAAUGUAUCAUUUGUGUUUUUGCAAGUAAUAACCUAUUGUGGUGUUUCUUAUGACUUCA